CAGGAUUUUUUUUUUUUUUUAAUGUUACCGCCUACCGCCCCCGAAUUUAAAGGGCCCGCCCCCUCCCCGAAGUUGGUUUGAAGUCAAACUGUGGUUGUGGACGACGCUUUGUCAUGGGACCCGUACGGUUGGUAAUAUUGUUAUUCGUUGUGGCAGUGUAUAGUGCUUGGGCUGGAACGUCGCAAGAGGAGGACGAUGACACAGAACGCUUGCCCAGCAAAUGCGAAGUGUGUAAGCUACUGAGCAUGGAGUUACAGGAGAAGCUGAGUCACACUGGCCGAUCUCGAGAGGUACUGGAGCUGGGGCAGGUGCUGGACACAGGCAAGAGGAAGAAACAUGUGCCUUAUAGCGUUUCAGAGACAAGGCUGGAAGAGGCCUUGGAGAAUUUAUGUGAGCGGAUCCUGGAUUAUAGUGUUCAUGCGGAGCGCAAGGGGUCACUGAGAUAUGCCAAGGGUCAGAGUCAGACCAUGGCAACGCUGAAAGGCCUGGUGCAGAAGGGAGUGAAAGUGGAUCUGGGGAUCCCUUUGGAGCUGUGGGAUGAGCCCAGCGUGGAAGUCACAUUCCUCAAGAAGCAGUGUGAAACGAUGCUGGAGGAGUAUGAAGAUGUCGUGGGAGACUGGUACUUCCAUCACCAGGAGCAGCCCCUACAGCUUUUUCUCUGUGAAGGUCAUGUGCUCCCAGCUGCUGAAACUGCAUGUCUACAGGAAACUUGGACUGGAAAGGAGAAGAUCACAGAUGGUCAAGAGAAGGAAGAAGGGGAAGAAGCAGAAGAAGAGGAAGGGGAGGAAGAAGAAGGAGAGGAAGAGGAGAUGAAAAACACAGAAAGACACUCCAAGCAUGACCCCGAAGAUCUUUGACACUUGCCUUUGAACCACCAGGAGGGGUUUAUGGAGAAGAGCCCUCUGAAGUCCAAGCUGUCCCUGCCCUACAGCUUUCAGGGUGUGUUUUAGUGUGCGAGUGACCCAACCCUAGCACUUCUAACUAUACUUUUCCAUGUGCUAUCAAGCAAGAUCUUGGAAAUGAAGGAUGGCUUGACUAUGGGGAGAAAGGUUGGAGCAGCAGGUGGAAGUCCUGCCUUCACAGUCAUUGGCAAGUGUGUGUGUGUGGUGACAAUCUUGAAGCUUUUCUCUUUAAAUAUCUCUAUGGCUCCCCAGAGGUCAGCGAUGGCACGAGCUAUGGGUCUUGGGAAAGUCACUUUGCUUCUGAAGGGAUCUGGUUUUAGAUUCUUACAAGGAAGACGACAGAACAGACAUUCCCUACGACCAAUCUACACUACCUGUGUUCAGGAGGCUGCGUACUACCAAGCUGGGAACAAGACUAGGACACUGGAUGGGGGUGAGACGGUGCUGAUUUAAUUAGGUGGAGUAGAUACUUGUCUCCUUCAUAUUAAUCUUACAGGUGGCAAAUU